GUGACGCCGCCACGUUUCGCGUUCCGUUCGGUCCCCUUCCCGAAACUCUUGACACCCCCCAAACACACACACACACACACCUCGCACGGCCAUGUCGCUCGGAAGGGUCGCCCGUCGCUUGGUGGAGCCGGCACGCGGCGCGCUGCGGCCCUCGGCCUCGGCCCUCCACCGGACGUACUCCGCCGUGGCCGAAGCCAGAGCGGUGCUGCAGGGCGAGCUCGAGGGCAUCCGGUCCGCGGGGACGUGGAAAGCGGAGAGGAUCAUCACGUCAAAGCAGGGACCUCGAAUCAACGUGGACGGCAGCAGCGGCGGCAUAUUGAACUUCUGCGCCAACAACUACCUGGGACUGUCCAGUCACCCGGAGGUGGUGCAGGCCGGGAUCGACGCUCUGAAGACGCACGGUGCCGGACUGAGCUCCGUCCGGUUCAUCUGUGGCACACAGGACCUACACAAAGAUCUGGAGCAGAAGCUGGCGGAGUUCCACGAGAGGGAGGACUGCAUCCUCUACGCCAGCUGCUUCGAUGCAAACGCCGGACUGUUUGAGGUUCUGUUGGGCCCAGAUGACGCGGUGCUUUCCGAUGAGCUGAACCACGCCUCCAUCAUCGAUGGGAUCCGACUGUGUCGCGCAAAGAGGCUGCGCUACAAGCACAUGGACAUCGGAGAUCUGGAGAACAAGCUCAAAGAGUCCCAGUCAUCUCGCAUGCGCCUGGUGGUCACAGACGGAGUCUUCUCCAUGGACGGAGACGUGGCCCCGUUGUCAGAAAUCUGUGACCUGGCUGAGCAGUACGGCGCCAUGGUGUUCAUCGACGAAUGCCACGCCACCGGAUUCCUGGGGCCCCGAGGCCGAGGAACGGACGAGCUCCUGGGAGUGAUGGACCGAGUGGACAUUGUUAACUCCACCCUGGGCAAAGCGCUGGGUGGAGCAGCUGGUGGUUACACAGUCGGCCCGAAGCCCCUCAUCGAGCUGCUGAGGCAGCGCUCGCGGCCGUACCUGUUCUCCAACUCCCUCCCCCCCCCGGUGGUGGCCUGUGCCACGCGGGCAGUGGAGCUGCUGCUCGCCUCCAACGAGAUUUCACAGAGCAUGGUGGCCAAAACCAUGAGGUUCAGGAGCAAGAUGACUCAGGCCGGCUUCACCAUCUCGGGGUCAGCUCACCCCAUCUGUCCCGUGAUGCUGGGCGACGCCCGGCUGGCCUCCCUGAUGGCCGAUGACAUGCUGAAGCUGGGGGUGUACGUGAUCGGAUUCUCCUUCCCCGUCGUACCCAAGGGCAAGGCCAGGAUCCGCGUUCAGAUUUCAGCGGCGCACACGGACGCAGACAUCGACCACUGCGUGGACGCUUUCAUCCAGACGGGCAGGAAGCACGGCGUCGUCCCCUGAGCGGCGCCGCAGCGGCCCGGGUACCGGACAGGGUCCAGUGGGUCGCUGCGUUGUGCCGCCUGUGACUCGAGGCCUCGGAAUGAUGUCGAUGGAAUAAUAGUUACGUUUGUAGGUCAGCAGAGGUGUUAUUUGUGUUUCCUUGAUUGAAGCACCUGCGUGUGAAGGUUUUUGCAUCAUAAGAAUUACUUGGCAAUAGAUGGGUUUAUUUGGGGGAGUUUAUUCAUUUAAUUGAUUGUGUUUUUAAUGAUCAAAAGGAGAACACAUUUGAGAAUGAAACCAGGAAUGAACCUGACCCCUUUGUUUAUGCUUUCUAAUGAGGGAAAUGAUUUAAGGAGUGAAGGAUGUUAUGAUGUGGCCUUACAGGGAUAUAUAAUGUCGGAGCACCCAAAUGUCACACUGCACAUGAGCGCCGCUUUGGCUUUUUUUCCCUUCAGAAGAUGCAACAACUGGUGCAAACUGAUUAUGAACACAUUAAAGUCUGCUUUCUCUCUAAUGUUUUUUUGGCGUAUUGUCCCUUCACUUUAACGUUUGAGCUUCAAUAAAGUAGAGGUUUUUGUCUUUA